AUGAAUAUUGUCGCCUCGGACAAUGCGGAUAUGAACUUCCAGAUGAACUUCAUUGCUUUGUUGAUCAACUCUCUUAUAGAAUCAAGCUCAUGCGGAAAAGCAAACACAUAUCCCUUAAACUACAUCAUGAAGAAUACAAACAUAAGCAACAUUGACUGGUGCUCCUACUUGCUUAAUUGUUUGGUUAAAACAAAACGAUCUUUUGAUUCAUCCAAUCCAACAAGCAAUUUUGUUGGACCAUCUGCCUUUUUCGUGGACUAUGAACAAAUGAUUUUGAUGAAGAUUAGGAAAAUCAAUUUGUUGAUUGAAAAUGGAAUCAAUAACUUCCCAACAAGUGUAAGAUUGAAUCAUUUGAAAAGUAUGCUCGAUGAAUUUUUUAAUGAUGAAGAUCAAAUUGCUCAAGAAGACAACAGAAAUAAUGAUGAUGAUGAUGAUGAUGAUGAUGAUGAUGAAGAUGAUGAAGAGAUAUCGCCAUUAAAACCCUCAUCCAAAGAAAAUCCAAAACAAAAGCACAAAAAGCGAAAAAAAGGACAGUGUAACAGAAGAAACAAAGAUAACAACAUAACAAAAAAAUAUGAAAGCUAUUGUAGUAUUCACAGAAGAAAAGCAAACAGCAACAGAAAAAAAAAGGAAAAGGAAAAAGAUCAAAUGAAGAAGACACAACAGAAACAAGAUAUAAAGAAAAGAAAGAAGAAGAUAAUAAAGAAGCAUUUUGAUACAAUCAGAAACAGAUGUACACCUGGAGCUUUGUUGUCUGUUAUACAAGGCCUCAAUGAAGUACAAAAAAAUUGUGUUAAACAGAUGGGUUUUGGGGGAAUAUUAAAUAUGAAGAUGACAGAGGUCCCAGGGGCCUUAAGCUGCUUUGUUCUUAAGAAUUUUAACUCCGAAACAAAGAAGAUAGUUCUUCAAAAAGGAGUUAUUGAUGUCACCAAAGAAUCCGUCAAAGAAAUUCUUGGAUUUCCUUUGGGAAGAAAACAGUUUUCAAAACUUAAAUUCAGAACAACAGAAGAUAAGUGUUAUGAAGAAUGGACAAACCAGUUUGAUGACAAGAAGAUGAUUCGACUUCAAGAUAUAAAGAUGAAGAAUGUUUCCACCAACAAGGCAGACAUGAAUUUCAAGAUGAAUUUCAUAGCUUUGUUGAUCAACUCGCUGAUAGAAUCAAGCUCUUCAGGAAAAGCAAACACCAACCCAUUGAACUACAUAAUAAGCAAGACGAAAAUAGAAAACAUCGACUGGUGUUCUUAUCUGAUAGACUGUUUGGUUAAAAACAAACAGUCUUUUAAUCCAUCAAAUCCAACAAGCAAUUUUAAUGGACCAUCUGCUUAUUUGGUGUUGCUUUAUCUAGACAGAAUUAAAUCUGAUGUACUUAACAUUGAAAGAACACGUCCAGUGAUCUGCCAUUGGACUUUAGAGAAAAUAAAGAUGAGAGAAACUUUUGAAAAGGAUGAGCUUGGUGAUUUUGGAACAGGGGAUUUCAAUGAUGAGUAUGUUGAUGAAGAAUUGAAUGAGGAGUCUUAUGAGCAUGUGGUUAUGAAUAAGUAUAAGAAGUUACAUAUGAUGAUUGAAGAUGGUAUAAAUAAAUUCCCAGAAAAUAUAACGCUUUAUCAUUUGAAAAUUAGCUUUGAUGCAAUUUUUAAAGAUAAGAGUGACAAUAGUGAUGAUGAUGAUGACAAUGGAGAUGACAAUGAUCAAUCAAAGAAAAAGAAUUUACGGGACAAGAAAAUGAGCAUCUUGAAGGAGGAGAGGAACAGAAACGAAAAAAAUAAAGAUGAGGGAGGUGAAGCUAUUAAAAUAAUAGAUGGUGAGAAAGAUGAAAAUGAUAAUAAUGAUAAAGGUUUGGAUGACAUGAAUUUGAAUGAUGAAGCUGUUGCAAAUGAAAAAGGUGGUAAUAAUAAAGAACAAAAUGUUGAAGGAGAAGCUGUGGAGGGGAUGCAUAUAAAAAGGAAGAAUGAUAAGAAAGUAGAAGGAAUAACUGGUGAACAACCACAAAGAGAUGGAGAAGAUGGUGAGAAAGAUGAAAAUGAUAAUAAUGAUCACAGUUAG